GGCGGCGACGGGGAUAAUGACUUUGGGGAAGAAGGGUGAAGGGAUAGUGAGGAGCCAUUCUUUUGGGAGGAAAAGGGUUGUGCUGUCAAGUGCUUUACAGUAUGAUGAUUUUAUUACCAACACAGAUACAAAGAAGCUUUGUAGGGAGGUUUCACUUCAACAACAGAAAGUUUAUGAUAAGUCUCUUUUGGAAUUCUUGCCUCAAAAUGUUCUGAUUAGGAUAAUUUGUGGGCUUGAUUAUGAUGAUUUGAGCAGGCUGUUUCAUGUCUCCAAGACCAUUCGAGAAGUGGGAUGGAAUAAAGAGAAUGAGACGUUGUGA